UAGGCGCAGGCCAGCGCGCAGCACCGCCCGGCGCUGCCUGCAGGCUCCUCCGAGGCCCGGCGAGUCUGGUCGCCGGCGCCGAGAUGCGCCCUCUGGUUGGCCUCCUGCUGGUCUUCAUUGGCUGCACCUUCGCCCUGUACUUGCUGUCGACGCAACUGCCCCGCGGGCGGACGCUGGGCUCAGACCAGGAGACUGGAGGCCGGUCACUGUGGUUCCCCUCAGACUUGGCCGAGCUGCGGGAACUUUCUGAGGUCCUUCGAGAGUACCGGAAGGAGCACCAGGCCUAUGUGUUCCUGCUGUUCUGCAGUGCCUACCUCUACAAACAGGGCUUUGCCAUCCCUGGCUCCAGCUUCCUGAACAUUUUAGCUGGUGCUUUGUUUGGACCAUGGCUGGGGCUUCUGCUGUGUUGUGUGUUGACAUCAGUGGGCGCCACAUGCUGCUACCUGCUCUCUAGUAUUUUUGGCAAACAGCUGGUGGCCUCCUACUUCCCAGAUAAAGUAUCCCUGCUGCAAAGGAAGGUGGAGGAGAACAGAAACAGCUUGUUUUUUUUCUUACUGUUUUUGAGACUUUUCCCCAUGACACCAAACUGGUUCUUGAACCUCUCUGCUCCGAUUCUGAAUAUCCCGAUUGUGCAUUUCUUCUUCUCUGUUCUGAUCGGUUUGAUCCCAUACAAUUUUAUCUGUGUGCAGACAGGCUCCAUCCUGUCAACUCUGACCUCUCUGGAUGCUCUUUUCUCCUGGGAAACGGUCUUCAAGCUUUUGGCGAUUGCCCUGGUGGCCUUAGUUCCUGGAACCCUCAUUAAAAAAUUUAGUCAGAAGGACUUGCAUUUGAAUGAAAUAAGCAACACUAAUCAUCUAAAUAGUAGAAAGGACACGUGAUCUGGGUUUUUGGUUGCUAUGUCCCUGGACUUUGUUGCUUAUUUGUAUAAUGGGGGUGGUCCUGUGCAGCCCUUCGCUGUUUUUUCAUUACCCUCAACAGGUGAUUUGGACAUUAUAUAUCUGUGUGCAAUGUUUUUAUAAAGGACACUCUGUGUUCUAGAAGGUGAAUUGUAUCAGGUUCUCAAACCAGUCCUGGUUUAGGGCACUCUGUGAAACAGAUGGCCUUCUAGAAAAUCCUAUUUGUAUUUUGUUGAAUAACAAGGAACUCUGGUCUGUUAUAUUUGCCUCUCAGCAAGCCUCGGGAGAGGAUGCGGAUUGUCCUUGUCCACGGUGCCUCUUUUGCCAAGUGGUAGUCUGUUGUGACAGGUGUUCUGGUAAAUCCCUGGUGGAUGUUACUGGUAUGAAUGAUGAUGUGAACCCACAUCACUGACAGAACCCCUUCAUCUUGUUUCUUGGAGAGUGUUUUAUUCUGGGUUUUUUUUUUGUUGUUUUUGUUUUUGCCAAUGACCUACCUCUUCCAUAAACCGAGGGAAACUAGCUGACAGACUGCAUAGAACUUCCACCUACAGCUCAAAUGCACAGUGAUUUCUGUGAUACUUUGUGUUCAGGUGUGCUGACAUUACCAUACAUGUCAAAUCUCUUGGUUGCAUGUUCUGACAAUUAGGCUGAUUGCAAAUAGACAAUUAAAUAUGAAUGCAGCAAAUUCUGUAUGUUCUGGAGACAUUCUUCCCUAUCUGAAUGGGGCAGAGCCCCUUGACUCACUGGAACCAAAUGACCUGUCCAUUUUGUAAACUGUCCUUUCUGCGUGGGAAUCCUGUCUCUGUCCCACUAGGAGAAUGAUUCAGUACAUUCAGCUAGCAGCCAGCAUAGCCUCUAAAUUUUUUUCAUUUGUCAAGAAUAACUGAGGAAUAAUUCCAUUUUAUCUUUUAAUUCAAGGAGGAAAACUUGGUUUUGGAUUCCUGGGUUGUGUUGUAUUUUAAUGAUCUGUAGCUGUCCCUGCUGCUUACAGCUGCAGUAUUGAACUGGCACAGACCUGGCUUAAUGCUUCCAAGCCCAGAAGGACCUUGGUGCCUGCACUGAGCAGCCCUGGGAUCCUCUGCUGUACAGAAGUAACUCCUCAUUUCUUACCAGAACCGUUGCCUUCGGGCAUCAUCUGCUGGGUUUUGGUUUGGCUCGGCCAAGAACCUUGCCAAGGCUUUCACUCAAGCCACUCAUUCUACGUGAAUUCUUGAGAACACUCCUCUUCAGGAGGAAGAAUGAAUUCCCAAGCAGUGUUUUGGGGGCAUGGGAUGAUCCACAAAACACAACAAGGACUUCAUUUUUAAAGAUGAUUGCUUUCAAAGAAGCGUGGUAACGGGUGGGGGUGAGUAGAAGGUUGUGUUCUGGAGGAGAAGGAGGAGGGACUGGGAAGCCAGUAUGUUUUCUACGUGUUUGCAAGUGUGUGCCCUUCCCCCUUUAUGUAUGUUUGUCUCUCUCCCUCCUGCCCCACGAUUUUGCUACAAUGUGCCUUACCAGUUAUGUUUAACAGGCAAAGCAAUUUGUCAAAUAAAUGGGUAUAAACGUUCCGUA